UGCUGCUGCGUCUCUUUACGUUCCUCCUGUUCUCAGUGAACGGUGAAACUCCACACAGUAAACUAGCCUGCAGCCCUCAGCCACAGAAACUCGGGCUUAUUCCAACUUAAACCGCCAGUUGUGACUGUGUCUUAGCGAUUACUGCUUUGUUAGCACAUCAAAUUAGUCGACAGUGAGUCACAGCAGGGCAGCAGUCGGAACUUGAAAUAUGACGAUAAGCAAAAUGGGUGGAAAGUCCUUGCUCGCUUGCUGAAGUUGGAGGUUCUCCUUGUGGAAGAGGAAGAGGUGGCGGCGGACACCACGAGUUCACUCUCACAAUAAAAGGAGUGAGCCCAGCCUUCCAACAUACUCCUCCCUUUCAUUGGGCUAAGAUGAGUAUUACCAGUGACGAAGUGAACUUCUUGGUCUACAGAUACCUCCAAGAGUCAGGUUUCUCCCACUCAGCAUUCACCUUUGGCAUUGAGAGCCACAUCAGCCAGUCGAACAUCAAUGGAACACUAGUGCCCCCUGCAGCCCUCAUCUCCAUCCUGCAGAAAGGGCUCCAGUAUGUGGAGGCAGAAAUCAGCAUCAAUGAGGAUGGCACAGUGUUCGAUGGUCGGCCGAUCGAGUCGCUGUCGCUCAUUGACGCAGUGAUGCCAGAUGUGGUGCAGACGCGGCAGCAGGCCUUCCGCGACAAGUUAGCCCAGCAACAGGCAGCCUGUGGCAUGGCAGCUUCAACCUCUGGAAACCAGUCCAACGCACCAAAGAAUGGAGAAGCCACUGUCAAUGGCGAGGAGAAUGGCACUCACAACAUGAAUAACCACAGCGAGCCCAUGGAGAUGGAUGUAGAUGUGGAGAUACCAGCCAGUAAAGCCACAGUGCUCCGAGGCCAUGAGUCUGAAGUGUUCAUCUGCGCCUGGAACCCUGUCAGCGAUCUGCUGGCCUCAGGCUCGGGGGACUCCACCGCCAGGAUCUGGAACCUUAACGAGAAUAAUAACUCCAACUCAACCCAGCUGGUGCUGCGCCACUGUAUCCGAGAAGGUGGCCAGGAUGUCCCCAGCAACAAAGAUGUUACUUCACUAGACUGGAAUAGCGAUGGGACACUCCUGGCAACGGGCUCGUAUGAUGGAUUUGCCAGGAUAUGGACAAAAGAUGGAAAUCUGGCAAGCACCUUGGGACAGCACAAAGGGCCCAUAUUUGCACUCAAGUGGAACAAGAAGGGGAACUCUAUUCUCAGUGCUGGUGUAGAUAAGACGACAAUCAUUUGGGACGCACACACAGGAGAAGCCAAGCAGCAGUUCCCUUUCCACUCAGCUCCAGCACUGGAUGUCGACUGGCAGAACAACACCACGUUUGCCUCCUGCAGCACGGACAUGUGCAUCCACGUAUGUCGGCUUGGCAGCGACCGGCCCCUCAAGACCUUCCAGGGCCACACGAAUGAAGUUAACGCCAUUAAGUGGGAUCCAUCGGGUAUGCUGCUUGCCUCCUGCUCAGAUGACAUGACCUUAAAGAUUUGGAGUAUGAAGCAGGAGUCCUGCGUCCACGACCUCCAGGCUCACAGCAAAGAGAUCUACACUAUCAAGUGGAGCCCCACAGGCCCAGGCACGAGCAACCCCAACUCCAACAUCAUGCUCGCCAGCGCAUCUUUUGACUCGACAGUGCGACUGUGGGAUGUCGAGCGAGGGGUUUGUAUUCACACGCUGACCAAGCACCAGGAGCCUGUCUACAGCGUGGCCUUCAGCCCCGACGGCAUGCACCUGGCCAGCGGCUCCUUUGAUAAAUGUGUCCACAUCUGGAACACCAUGACUGGAGCCUUGGUGCACAGCUACAGGGGCACAGGUGGUAUUUUCGAGGUGUGCUGGAACAGCACUGGGGACAAAGUUGGCGCCAGUGCAUCAGACGGCUCAGUAUGUGUUCUUGAUCUCCGAAAAUAGCCGACUUGAGACUUUGAUGAUCCUGGAAUGUGCAGCAAAUUGCCUUCUUAUGACAACAGCAAACACACUCUCAUUGCUCAAGAAGAAGAGCUGUAAGGUGGAGCGAAAACAACCCCCUCACAGGAGUAAAACCAGACGACUGCAGCAGCCUCUGAGGAGCCAACAACAACUGACUUCAGCGCACCUUAAAGUCUGUUGAUGUGUGUUUUAUGAUAUUGGAAACAUAAUGGAAGCUGGUUAAGAGAUUCCCAAGACUGGACUGAAUCCAACUCCCUGGGUGCAUCCGUGUUUUAAAAAGGUUUCUAAUGAGAAAGUGCUGCCAGCCCUCCGGGCCACUGGUCCAGCUGUUAUCGGGUUGUAAGGGUGGAAACACAAAGAUGAGUUUUAUAUAAAGAGAAAAGUGUUAAUGAGACACGUGUUUGGCUGUGGAAGGCAACAAAUUAUGAAAGAAAGGCUGUGGUUUUUAGAAUUCCUCUGAGCAAAUGUUACCUCAUGUCCAAAUGAACUAACUGGGGACGUGAUAAAAGUAUCAUCAAUACUGAAGCACUGGCAUUGUCCGUUGACAGGGUGCUUAACUUCUUCCCAGUGGAGAAUGGCUUGUUUCAAGAGUACUUCUUGCUUUUUUUUUCCACAGAUGGACUUUUGAAAGUCAAAAUUGAAUGUGCCGCUACAAGGUAGUUCUUAGCUUAACAUCAGGUCAACAAAAGGAAAAAACCUGCCAAGAAACAGUUGUAACCUCCUAAAAUGACCUGCUCAAUUCACUCGAGGUUAGAAAAUGUCAUUUUGUGGGCAAGAUGUGAAAAGUGUGGUUUACAAAGAGAAUUUUCUCCCUUUUUGGAUGUAAAUUUGAGAAUGUAAAGAUAUGUAAAUUAGAUUAAUACACAGACUUAUAUACUGUGUAUAUAUGUUUAUAUACAGUACACUUUAUUGCCAUCCUGUAGGGGCUCAUUAAUGGCUAGAGCUGUCACAUCUUUGCUGAUAAAACGUGACAAGACCUCUUUUUAAACAAAGUGCAUGUGUCAUCAGCUUCUUUUAAUACAGUCUUUUUCAACUGGGCCAAUCAUAUCCAGUGCAUCAAGUUGUUUUGUUUUUCAGUGAGUCACAAAUGGCGUUGACACAGACGUGUUAAGCAGAUUUGCUUUGCACUAUUGAUCCCUGAAGGCCACGGAAGAAAUGCGCGCCUCAUUACCGCCAUUCAGGGAAUGAUCUGGUCAACAAUGUGGGAGAGAACAGUCAUCGUAGUUUCCUGCUUGGUUUCUGCUAUAACUUUGUAUUGUAUGUUGAACAGGGCAUCACAGAAUCACUGUUGAGAGUAUCAUAGAGACCGGAGUGGGAAAACAACUACAGCUUAAUGAGCAUUACCAUUUCUCUUUGGCACUUUCCUCUGAACAAUCUACUGAAAAUUCAGAGCACAUUUUGACCAGAAGGUGGAGGUCAAGCAAAAGUCCUGCUGUUGCUAAAAAGAAAGAAAAGAGCUAUGAUUGGUCUUGUUAAGUCCCACCGAACGCUGCCGGCUGAUCAGAUUAGGUCAGAUUUGAAAUGCCCGGAUUUUAUGGAAAAGACAGUAUGUUUAAACCAACUUGCCACCACUUUGAUUUGCCUUUUCUUUUCCGGUCCCUUGCAACCAACGUUGCUAGAGCAAUGUAAAGUGCACUUUUUGUAAUGGUGGGUUACAGCAAAUGUUUAGAUUUUUGCUGGAAAUUGAAGGGCCAAUGUUUUAUUUUUGUUUGUUUUUCCCUCUUUUUUUAAUGUCACAAUUGGAUGUUAAUGGGUGGUUUAUUGUUUUCUGACUUUUUCAUUUGCUGAGAGCCAUUAUUGUCUGUGUCAGACUGAGAAUUGGGCUGUGGGUUGGUGGCCAUUCUUGGCAUUUUAAGGAGCCCGGUAAGGAAUAAGUGCUGUGACGGCUACUAUCUCUCUUGCACCCUGUUGCAGGGUGCAGUCACCUGUUUCCAAGACAAAACGUUGAAGUCAUUCAGUGUCUCAAAUAAAUCACUCUAUUUUGAUAUCAGAAA